CGGGGGUGUGCAAUGCAACCGGGACUUGCAAAGGGAUUGGGGUGUGCAAUGCAGCUGGGACUUGCAACAAGACAUGGAUGUGCAACGACACCUGGAUGUGCAAAGGGAUUGGAGAGUGCAAUGCAACCGGGAUCUGCAACAACACUUGGACUUGCAACGACAUGUGGAUGUGCAAAUGGACGGGGGUGUGCAAUGCAACCGGGACCUGCAACGACUCUUGGACUUGCAACAAGACGUGGAUGUGCAAAGGGACAGGGUUGUGCAAUGCAACUGGGACCUGCAAUGACACUUGCCGUUGCAACAACAUGUGGAUGUGCAACAACACCUGGGUGUGCAAAGGGACGGGGGUGUGCGACAGCAUUGGGAUGUGCAAUGCAACCGGGACUUGCAAAGGGAUUGGGGUGUGCAAUGCAACCGGGACUUGGAACGACACUUGGACUUGCAACGAGAUGUGGAUGUGCAAAGGGACGGGGGUGUGCAAUGCAACUAGGACUUGCAACAAGACAUGGAUGUGCAAAGGGAUUGGGGUGUGCAAUGCAACCGGGACCUGCAAUGACACUUGGACUUGCAAGGACACAUGGAUGUGCAAAGGGACGGGGGUGUGCAACGCAACCGGGACCUGCAACGACACUUGGACUUGCAAUGACAUGUGGAUGUGCAAAGGGACGGGGGUGUGCAAAGCAACCGGGACUUGCAAAGGGACGGGAGUGUGCAAUGCAACUGGAACCUGCGAGGUCACUUGGACUUGCAAGGACAUGUGGAUGUGCAAAGGGAUUGGGGUGUGCAAUGGCACUGAGAUGUGCAAUGCAACCGGGACUUGCAACGAGACGUGGACGUGCAAAGGGAUGGGGGUGUGCAAUGCAACCGGGACUUGCAAAGGGAUUGGGGUUGUGUAACGCAAGUGGAGCGUGCAACACAACUUGGACUUGCAACGAUGCAUGGAUGUGCAAAGGGACGGGGGUGUGCAAUGCAACCGGGACUUGUAACGAGACGUGGAUGUGCAACGAGACAUGGAUGUGCAAAGGGACAGGGGUGUGCAAUGCAGCUGGGACUUGCAAUGACACUUGGACGUGCAAAGGAACUGGGGUGUGCAAUGCAACCGGGACUUGCAAAGGGAUUGGGGUUGUGCAACGCAAGUGGAGCGUGCAACACAACUUGGACUUGCAAGCACACAUGGAUGUGCAAAGGGUUUGGAGUGUGCAAUGCAACUGAGAUUUGCAACACGACUGGGACUUGCAAUGCAACGGGGACCUGCAAGGACACGUGGACGUGCAACGGGACUGGGGUGUGCAGUGCAACUGGGACCUGCAACGACACGUGGAUGAGCAAAGGGAUUGGGGUGUGCAACACAACUGGCACUUGCAAUGACACAUGGAUGUGCAAAGGGACUGGGGCGUGCAACGGCAUUGGGGUGUGCAACGCUACCUGGACGUGCAAUGACACUUGGGUGUGCAACGGGAUUGGGGUGUGCGAUGCAGCUGGGUCCUGCAACGACACGUGGACGUGCAAAGGGACUGGGGCGUGCAACGCUGCCUGAGCUUGCAACGACACGUGGAUGUGCAAAGGGGCGGGGGUGUGCAACAGCAUUGGGGUGUGCAACACUACUUGGACUUGCAAUGACACUUGAGUGUGCAACGCUACCUGGACGUGCAACGACACUUGGGUGUGCAAUGGGAUUGGGAUGUGCGAUGCAACUGGGGCCUGCAACGACACGUGGUUGUGCAAAGGGAUUGGGGCGUGCAAUGCAAACAGGCCGUGCAACACAACUGGGACAUGCAAGGGGAUGGGGGUGUGCAACACAACUGAGACUUGCAACAACACUUGGACGUGCAAUGACACCUGGACGUGCAAGGGGAUUGCGGCGUGCAACACAACUUGGACUUGCAGUGGGAUUUGAGUGUGCAACGCAACUUGAGUGUGAACAGCACUGGGGUGUGCAACACAACUUGGACUUGCAAUGGGAUUUGAGUGUGCAACGCAACUGUGACUUGCAGCAACAUGUGGGUGUGCAACAGGAUUUGGGUGUGCAAAGCAACUUGAGUGUGAACAGCAUUGGGGCGUGCAACACAACUUGGACUUGCAAUGGGAUUUGAGUGUGCAACACAGCUGGCACUUGCAACAGGAUUGGGGUGUGCAACAGAAUUCAGGUGUGCAACGCAACUGUGACUUGCAACGACACGUGGGUGUGCAACAGGAUUUGGGUGUGCAAAGGGAUUUGAGCGUGCAAAGCAGCUUGGAUGUGCAAUGGGAUUUGGGUGUGCAAUGCAACUGGGACAUACAACGACACUUGGGUGUGCAAGAGGAUUUGAGUGUGCAAAGCCACUUGGACGUGCAAUGGGAUGUGAGUGUGCAAGGCAACUUGGUUGUGAACAGCAUUGGGGCGUGCAACAUAACUUGGAAGUGCAACGUACAAGUUGCACGUGAAUGUGCAACAGGAUGCGCACAACGUGGAUGUGCAACAGGAUUUGAGUGUGCAAAGCGACUUGCAUGUGCAACAGCAUUUGUACAAAGCAACUUGGACGUGCAAUGGGAUGUGAGUGUGCAAGGCAACUUGGAUGUGAAAUGGGAUUUGGACGUGCACUAGGACUUGGAUGUGCAACAGAAUUUGAGUGUGCAACGAGAUUUGUACGUGAAGUGGGAAUAGAGUGUGCAAGGCUACUUGGACAUGGAAGAGGAUGUAGGCGUGCAGCACAACCGGGGUGUGCAAUGGGAUGUGGAAGUGCACCACAAUUAGGAUGUGUGGUGGCACGUGGGUGUGCAAAAAAAGUCCGCGUGCAAUGGGAUUUGGAUGUGCCGUGCAAAUUGAGAGUGCAACAGGACUUGGAGGUGAAAGAAGAGGUGGACGUGCAAGGGGAUCAAUUUGCAACAGGAUUGGGUUGUGCAAGGAGACUUGAGUGUGCAAGGGAGCGUGGUUCCCUGGGACUUGAGCGUGCAACGGGACGUGCAAGAGGACCCAGACGUGCAACAGGACGAUUGUGCAAGAGGACUUGAAUGUGCAACAGGACAGGGAUGUGCCAUGGGAUGAGUGUGCAAGAGACAGUGCAAUGGGACAUGUGUGCACAAUGGGGUGUGCAAUGGGGCAUGGGCGUGCAGUGGGUUGUGCAACGGGGAACGGGCGUGCAAGAGUGUGCAGUGGGGUUUGCACACUCAUUAGCAUGCAGGGGACACGGGGUACAAGUGCUCACACGCACUUUGCACAAGAGUCUGCGUUUGAGCAUUGUGCUGAGCGUGCAAGGAUCACGUGCGUGUGCAAACACCCCUGUCCCUUGCACCAGUGUGCACACUUCACCUUUACUCAUUUGCUUUUCCCACUGGCCCUCACAAAUGCUCAGACAUGACCCUUGCACACUCACAUCUGCUUGCACAAGCAUUCACACGCGCAUGUGCCCUUGCACACAUACCCCUCCUUACACACACACAAGUCCCUGGACACACACAUACCCCUUUGCACGCACACACGGACAUGUGCACACUCACGCACGCGUGUGUGCACCAUUAUUUGUGCGCACACGCCACCGUGGCACACCCCCAUGCACACGUGUCCCUUUCAAAUCUCUUGCACACUCAACCCGUUGUGCACCUGCCUUCAUUGCACACACACACGUGUCCCUGUGCACACACAUGCCUUGCACACGCAUCUCUCCAUGUACUUGUGUUCCUUGCACACACACACAUGCCCCUUUGCAUGCUCCCAUUGCACACUCCCAACCCUUGCACACACACUCCGUGCACACUCGUGCUCCUUGCACACAUUCCACCCUUUCACACUCACACCCCUUGAGGACUCACUCCUUGCACACUCAUCGUCCUCGCACGUGGAUGUGUCCUAUGCACAUUCUCACUGCUUGCACACUCACACCCCGUGCACGCACCCGCAACCUUGUACACUCACAACUCUUGCACACUCAUCCCUCACUCAUUGCACAACCACUCAUUGCACACUCACCCUAUUUGCACACCAGGUCUCUUGCACACUCACUCCCCGUGCACACUCACACCCCUUGCCCACUCUCAUCCCUGUCCCCUGCAUCCCAUGCAAACUUCACCCUUGCACACUCAUCAUGUGCACACGCACCACCCGUGCACACUCAUCUCUUUCACACUUCCCCCUUGCACACCCACAUCCCACGCUCUCCUUCACGCCUCCUUUGCUCACCCCCAUCCCUUGCACACCUCUGUGUCCCUUACACACUUACAACCUUCCUCCACUGACUCCUCUUGCACACCCCUGUGCACGUUGCACACUCACUCCUCUUCAGAUCCCAAUGUCCCUUGCACACCCACACCCCUUCCACCUCUCCGUGUCCCUUGCACACUCACACCGCUCGCCCACUCCUAUCACUUGCACACCUAUGCCCCUUGCACGCUCACUCCUCUUCAGACCCCACAUCCGUUGCACGCCUACACCCCUUGCACACCUCCGUCUCCCUUGCACGCUUGCACCCCUCACCCAUUCAUGCCUCUUCCACACCUUCACAUCCCUUGCACACCUCCGAGCCCCUUGCACACUCACUCAUCUACAGACAUCCACUUCCCUUGCACACUCACUUCUAUUCGGACCCCCGUGUGCCUUGCACACCCACACCCCUUGCACACCUUUCUCUCUCGCACGCUCAUUCACUUCAGACUUCCACCCUCCUUGCACACCCACUCCCCCCACUCACUCCCAUCACUUGCACACCUGUGUCCCUUGCACGCUCACUCCUUUUCAGACCUCCAUGCUCCUUGCACACCCUCACCCUUCACACACCGCUGUGCCCCUUGCACACUCACUCCUCUUCCGACCCACACGCCCCUUGCACACUCACAUCUCCUCAGACCCCCACACACCUUGCACAUCCACACCCCUUGCACACCCACAGACCUUGCACAAUCACUCCUCUUCCAACCCCCACGCCCCCUGCACACUCACUUUUCCUCAGACCCCCCCACCCCUUGCACACCUGUGCCACUUGCACACUCUUCUCAGACCCCAUGCCCCUUGCACAGCCCCACCCCUUGCACACCCGUGCCAUUUGCACACUCACACCUCUUCCGACCUCCACACCCCUUGCACUUUCACUUCUUCUCAUACCCGCGCACCCCUUGCACACCUGCACCCCUUGCACACCCGCACCCCUUGCACAUUCACUCCACUUCUGACACCCACACCCGUGGCACACUCACUUCUCCUCAGACCCCCAUGCCCCCUGCACACCAGUGCCCCUUGCACACUCACUGCUCCUACCCCCCAUGCCCCAUGCACACCCACACCCCGUGCACAC